AUGCCGCCUCGAAUAUCACCAAGAGGGCCCAGGGCUCUUUCGUCACGAUCGGCGGUCUGGGUCCAUCUGCGGCCUCAGCGGAGGUUUGCUUCGAGCUCCGCAACUGCGCCGGAGGUCUACGAUGUCGUCUGCGUAGGAGGCGGCCCGGCAGGAUUGAGUCUCCUGACAGGACUGAAAGCUUCGCCAAUCACAAGUGGGCUCAAGGUUGCGCUCAUCGAGGGACAAGAUCUACACAAAAAAAUUGGAGCAUGGGCGCAUGUCAACACACCCCGAGUGCAACCAUACCAAGAGAUGCAAGUAUGGGACGGCGUCACCGACGCGCGGAUAUCCUUCGAUUGGCACACAGCGAAACCUCUCCUCACGCCUCGCAACCUGUCUCAACCCACAACAAUCGCCUACAUGAUCGAAAACGUCAACACAGUCACCGCUCUACUAAGCCGGCUCCAACAACUGGGUGGUGUCGAUUUCUACACAUCUACAAAGGUCAACUCGAUAGAUCUGGGUACGGAUACAGACAAGAUGGACUUCUCGUCGUGGCCAAUCCUCACGCUGUCCAAUGGGAAGACACUGGCUGCUAGGCUAUUGGUUGGGGCCGACGGUGCGAACAGCCCCGUGCGGACAUUUGCAGACAUUGAGUCACGAGGCUUCGACUAUAGCAGACAUGGUGUGGUGGCUAGUCUGAAGCUCGAAGGGCAAGGUUGGGGCGGUCCAGACCACAAGACUGCAUACCAGCGGUUCUUGCCAACCGGCCCAAUCGCUAUGCUGCCACUUCCAGGCAACAUGUCGACACUCGUAUGGAGUACCACGCCGGAACGUGCUGCGAAGCUCAAGGCACUAUCACAGGCCGAUUUCGUUGCAAUGGUCAACGCGGGUUUCCGACUUUCGCCAACAGACCUGGAGUACCUACACACCCUCUCAUCCGGACAGGCAGAGGAGGUAGCAUGGCGAGAGAAGCAUACCCCCGUCGACGAACACGCGAUACCGAUGCGAGUAGCACACGUGCAAGACGGCACAGUCGCGUCCUUCCCACUUCGAAUGCGGCACGCCGAUACCUACACUGGUGAACGAGUCGCACUGGUUGGCGAUGCCGCGCACACCAUACAUCCACUGGCAGGUCAAGGUCUCAACCAAGGCCAAGGUGAUGCUGCAGCGCUUGUACGGACGAUAUCACAUGCAGUGCAGACCGGACAAGACAUCGGAUCGACAUUGGCGUUGGAGAGCUAUACCAGUGAACGGUAUGCGGAGAAUAAUGCAAUGCUGGGCGUGUGCGAUAAAUUGCAUCGUCUGUAUAGCGUCGAAUCGGGUCCGCUCGUAGGGCUACGAAGUCUCGGAUUGAGAGCAGUCGAUGCAAUGGGCCCGUUGAAGGGUUUCUUCAUGAGCCGGGCUGCUGGCGGAUCGUAG